UCACCCCAAGUCCUAAAUUGUCUGUGUGAAGAAAGGAAAGGCCUAAAUUUAUUGUGAUUAACAAUGGUGGAUUGACUGUCACUCGAUCACUUUUUUUUUCAGGUUGCAUUGUAACUUGAAGACGACUGCAACAUUUCACAAUAACAGACUGUAAAUCAGGAAACUUCCAAUUGGGAUUUUCCUGUUUUGGUUAGUGCUUCACAUUAAGAUGAGUCCAGAGAACUGGCAAAUCAAGCCUGUCUCAGCAUUACAUACAGCACAUAUGAUAUCAGAAUAUUCUGGGAUGGCUCUCAACAACCUGGUGAUGCAAUCAGAUUCUGCUUUUAGUGGGAAUUCCAUUGUUGCGGGUAUCAGAUCAGAUUUCAAUGGUGCAGCUGGCUCCAACUAUUUGUCCACCUUGAUAUCUAAUAUACAUUCUGCAGACCCUACACAGAAGCAGGAUAUGCAACAUCUAGCCAAUCCAUAUCUGCAACAUCAUGAUAAUAAUUAUAGUUCCAAUCAAGUGUUCCACAUAGAUUCCUCUGAGCAAUCCCAGGGAUCAGUAGACUGCUUUUCUAAUUCCCAAAUUUAUCCCUUUGAUGGCCCACUGUUCCAGAGCUUGAUCUGCAGCAAUGGCGAAGCUUUAGAGCUAAGUAGUCCUUCACAGUCAACCGGGCUAGUAAAUAUGAAAGAUGCAGCAGGAGUAGAAGCACAGUUGAAGACUCCAGUGGAUCAUAUGCCAAGGCAUCUGUACAACUAUUCUGAUGAUUUUGCAUGUGAGAACAUGUUAGCUCAAGACCCAGGCAUGGCAAUCGGAUUCAAUUCUCAGAAUGUACUUGCUUGGCCAUCUCAGUCUUCCAUUAAUACAGAUGAGAAAAGUUGUGGCCAAAUUCAUUAUACAAACAGCUCUGUUCCAAACCAACAACUGCAAUUGCCCCUCAAGCGCUCUUGCACGAUAAAUAUAGAAGAUGACAUCCAACCCUGCACUAAAAAAAUGAUUUCUUGGUCUUCUCCGGGCAGCUCAUGUAAUUCAGUGCAAUCCAAGUCUCCUAAACUGAAGUCGGCCCGAGCCAGGCAGGGUAGUGCAAUGGAUCCUCAAAGUGUGGCUGCUAGACUUAGAAGAGAGCGUAUCAGUGAAAGGCUCAAGAUUUUGCAGGACCUUGUACCAAACGGAUCUAAGUUUGAUUUGGUUACCAUGUUGGAGAAAGCCAUCAAUUACGUAAAGUUUUUGCAGCUUCAAGUCAAGGUGCUUACAACAGAUGAAUACUGGCCAAAGAAGGAUAACAGUACAGCUGCUAUAGUUAAAAUGCAAGAUGUGAUUCAAGAAAUUGCUUCAACAAGGUCAUUAGCAGAGAUAGAGGGCAUGAUCUCCAUGGAGAAGAAAAAUAAAAACUUGGAGACCAAUUAGCCUCAAAAGAUCAUGUGUGCAGCAUAAAAACACUAAUGAUUACUGAAUUCAGCUACACAUUUCAAAAGGUGGUCAUCCAUGCAGUGAUAGAAGAGAAUAUAUAUAUAAACUAAGCCUAUCAAAGAAUCUGCCCAAUCCACCACACCCCAAACUCAACAUUGCCCUCAGCUGCUGCUUGUAAAAGCAAU